AGUUCUGAGAACCGGGGAACAUGAUAAGGAAUUGGCUGAUUAUUUUUAUCCUUUCACCCCUGAAGCUCAUAGAGAAAUGUGAAUCGACCAUCAGCCUCACUGUUCCUCCCGUUGUGAAGCUGGAAAAUGGCAGCUCCACUGAUGUCAGCAUCACCCUUUGGCAUCCAUUAAAUGCAACCUUGGUGAUCACUUUUAAAAUCACAUUUCGUUCAAAAAAUAUUACUAUCCUUGAGCUCCCUGAUGAAGUGGUGGUGCCUCCCAGAGUGACAAAUUCCUCUUUUCAAGUGACGUCUCACAAUGUUGGACAAGUUACCACUUAUCUGCAAGGAAAUCAUUCCAACCAGACUGGCCCAAGGAUACACUUCUUGGUGAUCCACAGCAACAUCGUUGAUGUCAUAAGCCAGGUGAUUGGCUGGAUCUACUUUGUGGCCUGGUCCAUCUCAUUCUACCCUCAGGUGAUCAAGAACUGGAGGCGGAAAAGUGUUGUUGGUCUGAGCUUCGACUUCGUGGCCCUGAACCUGAUGGGCUUCAUGGCCUACAGCGUGUUCAACAUCGGCCUCCUCUGGGUGCCCUACAUCAAGGAGCAGUUUCUCCUCAAAUAUCCCAAUGGGGUGAACCCUGUGGACAGCAAUGACGUCUUCUUCAGCCUGCACGCGGUCGUCCUCACUCUGAUCAUCAUCGUGCAGUGCUGCCUGUAUGAGCGAGGCAGCCAGCGUGUGUCGUGGCCUGCCAUCAGCUUCCUGGUGCUCUCGUGGCUCUUUGCAUUUGUCACCAUGAUUGUGGCUGCAGUCGGGGCGACCACGUGGCUGCAGUUUCUCUUCUGCUUCUCCUACAUCAAGCUGGCUGUCACGCUGGUCAAGUAUUUUCCACAGGCCUACAUGAACUUUUACUACAAAAGCACCGAGGGCUGGAGCAUUGGCAAUGUGCUCCUGGACUUCACUGGGGGCUGCUUCAGCCUCCUGCAGAUGUUCCUGCAAUCCUACAACAACGACCAGUGGACACUGAUCUUCGGGGACCCAACCAAGUUUGGACUCGGCAUCUUCUCCAUCUUCUUCGAUAUUGUCUUCUUCAUCCAGCACUUCUGUUUGUACAGAAAGAAACCAGGGCUUCAGGCAGCACGCACAGGUUCUGGCAGCCAUCUCAGGCAGGACUGGGCGCUGAGCUUGCAGCCGAAGGCCUUGUCCCAAACAACCAGUGUUUCUGGGAGCAGCUUGAAGGGCUGACCUUGCAGUCGGAGAGCCAAGGGUACUUUGCUGCCACUGCUGUGUUCCCAGAGACCGAGCAGCCAGGUGCUGGGGCCAAUGGACUCAGAAGUGCUGGUGCUGGUGGCGGAGAGGCUAGGACUUUGGGGUUAGGCCUGGGGUCCCUUCUGUGAAGGCCGCAUUCCUGACACUCACUUGUUCUACGUAACUCAACUUCCACGACUGCAGUAACAGGUGACCCAGGACAGGGCCUGGGAAAGAGAAUUUUGGAGGCCUGAGGUGCCCACCAGAUUGGUUCUGAACAAGACUCAUGCCCAACACCCUCUGGAGCUUUAUCACAAAAAGUCCGGUGAUCACACUAACUCCUUUCAGAUUUUCUGGAGGGGUGUUUUGGAAGUGGCUUACUUUCUUCUGCCCUCCCUCCAACUCCACUUUCCCAGAGUCAGAUGGGGACCCAUCUGAGCACCCCCAGCUGUCUCUACCUAGCAUCUGGAGUGAAGGAGACACACACUCCCUCUCCACCGGUCUGUGCCUUAGAGGCCUGUUUAACCUGCCAAAUGGUGGGAGUAGCUCCCCCAGAGGGGAGGGCAGGCCACCUGCCCUCCCUUUCCCCAGGCCCCUACCUGAGACUCAGAUAAGAGCUGGAGAUCACCUCACACAAUCCUUAUGGGCCCAACCCUGAUCUCAAACCUCUUCCCCCCACCCCAAGCCACUGUCCUUCCUAUGGCAGGAGGAGAAGGUCGCAGGACGUGCCUUGUACAUGCCUUGAGUUUGUCAAUCCACUCUGACUUUUUUACUACAAGAUCAGGGUGAGGGGCCUGUAUCUGUAAUUAAAACCUGACUUGUCUCCUUUCUGCA